CAUAACAUAAUCUCAACUAUUUUCUUUAUUUUCUCUUCUCAACAAUCAUAUUUAUAUUUUUACAAAUCAAGAAACAGAACUCAGACACCCAUUCUUGAUUCUUGAAUCUUGAUUUUCCGUUUCUUUUCAAUCUCCAUGGGAAACUACGUUUCUUGCAAACUAGCUAACCCGCUAGUUCCCAAGAACUCAAAAUUAACGAAAAUUAUCCUUCCUACCGGUGAAAUCCGGCAAAUCCAGUACCACCACCAACAGCCGACCAAAGCGGCGGAGCUAAUGUUGGAAACACCAAAUUUCUUUAUAGUUAACACCAAGUCCCUAAAAAUUGAUCGGAGAUUUUGUCCUCUCAACGCCGACGAUGAUCUUGAAAAGGCAAAUGUGUAUGUUAUGUUUCCAAUGCAGAGAAAGGACACUAAAGUCACAGCAAGUGAUUUAGGUGCUCUGUUUAUGACCGCCAACUCUGCUUUGAAACGGGUUUCUGGAGGAAAAGUAAGGGUCAGACCCGAUAUUACGGCGGAUAAUACAGUGGACGACGAGCGGAGGAAAAGUGACGAUGAGGUGGUAGUGCCGAGGCUUAGUUUGGAAGGUAUAGAAGAGGUUUCGACGCCGGAGUUUAGGCAUAGAAUGUCCAUGUCAAGGUCAAAGAAGCCAUUGUUGGAGACUAUAGAAGAAGAGCCGAUACGAUCAAGAUUAUUAAGAGAUAAUAUAAAGUUAUAUACUCGUUAAAAUGAGUUUCCUUUUCUUAUAUGGUUUCUGAAGUUGAAACUUUGUUUUGUUGAAAAAACCAUGAAAAAGCAGAGAAAAUUGUGUAUAUGAUUUUUCUUUUUUUGCCAUGCAUGAAAAACAAAUGUUACUUCAACUCCUUUUAUUUUA